CUGCAGUAGAGGACGGCGAGGACAGCUCUGCCGAGGCGGAGGAUGACGUGUGAGGCGGCGCGGCGCGGGUCAUUGGCGGCCACGUGCACGGCGAUGACGCCGGCGAGGAAGGCGACGCUGAAGAGGAGCCAGGCGUCCAGCAGGCGGAGAGAAACGAGGGACUAGUGACGCGGGCGAGGCGGCGCCCGGCAACCCCGCCGCCACAACAACUUUCAAAAGGGCUUCCUCCUCCACCGUGCCGCUACCCGCCCCGCCAUGGCUGACAGCGGGCUGCAUACCAGUACCCACCAGCAGGUGCAGGACACACUGUCACAUCUGGAGAGUCUUUGGGAUGACCUGGGGCUCACCGAGGAGCAGCGCGUCGACAGAAAGAGCAUUUUCUAUGGACAUAUUGCUAACCUGCUUGAGAAGAUCCUGGUGGAUGAACGCGCCCUCAAGGCUCGCAUCAUCAAGCAGAUAGAACACAACACCAUCAAGAUACUCAAGCUGUGCGAGGAGCUGGUGCUGGAGCCGGAGGAGGCGGUGGAGGGCCUGACGCUGUUGGACCUGGAUGCUGUGCUGCAGGAGCGCCUUGAGAAGCUGCAGCAGACCAAGGCACAGCGGCAGGAGGAACUCGCCCACCUGCAGGAGAAGGAUGAGGGACUUUGUGAGCUGCUGUGUGAGACCCCAUACCACAUGCCGGCCGGUCUGGUGCCUUCCCUGGAGGACCUGAAGGCCGUGGAGGAGCACAUCAAGGCCAUGGAGAAGGAGAAGAGGGAACGCGAGGCCACCUACAGGAAGCUGAAGAAGGGGCUGCUGGUCUUCCUGGAGCAGCUGGAGCAGUCGCCGGAGGACUCGUUUGUGCAGGAGGUGGUGUGCUCCGAGGAGGGGGAGGUCUCCUUAGGUCAGGCCACCCUACAGCAGCUCAGGUCCGUGCACAGCGACCUUGAGUUCCGGGUGAAGGAGAACCAGGCCAAGUCCAUGGAGGUGAGGGAACGCAUCGCCAACCUGUGGGUGGUGCUGGAGGUGUCUCAGGAGGACCAGCAGGCCUUCCUCGCCACCGCCCCCAGCCACACGCCCUCCAGCCUGGUCAAGCUGGAGGAGGAGCUGGAGCGGCUUAAGGUGCUGCGUCUCCACAACAUGUCGCUGAUUGUGGAGAAACUGAAGAGGGAGUUGGUGGAGUGGUGGGAGAAGUGUCGCGUGGCCCAGGAAGAGCAGGAUAGGGUGAACGCACUGACGGAGGGUGAGGUGGGCGAGGAUGUGCUGGUGGUGCUGGAGGGCGAGGUGGAGCAUUGGCGGAAGUACCACAGCGACAACCACGAGCUGCUCUCCACCCUAGACCAGUUCCUUUCCCUGUUCGGCGAGAUGUUUCUCCUGGACGAGCGCGCCAAGGACCCCUCGCGCCUCUUCAACACCCGCGGCGGCGUUCUACUGCAGGAGGAGAAGGCCAAGAAGAAGGUCAAGACUGAGCUGCCGCGGGUACAGGAGCGCCUGGAGACCCUCGCGGCUGUCUGGAAUACGCGUAAGGGACGGCCGUUCCUGGUGCACGGCAAGGAGGUGUCCGCCUACCUGGCCGAGCUGUGGGAGACCUACGACCAGCACAAGGAACAGGAGAAGGCCAAGCGGGUGCAGGCUAAGGAAGGGAAGACCAAGCCAGGGGUGUCUCAGGCCAGAACCCCGAGGCCCAGCAGGAAGAGGGGCAUGGAGGGGGAGGAGCAGCACCCCGGUACCUCCUCCAAUGCCAAGCGCCCCAAAAAUGUCCAGCUGCUGCCCCCGCCCACCGCCACCGCUGCCGCCAAGAGGAAGUCACCCUCCAAACCAGGCUUCCAACGCUCUCCCCAAAAGACCCCUCGCGGGAAGCCCCUGUCGGAGGUGAACCGCGCCCUGCCCCUCGCCCCCGCCACCACCGGCCAGUGCCCAGACUCCACGCUGCAGUCCAUCACCUACGACAAGUUCAAGGCUGAGAUCUUGGCAGCCCGGCGCAGGUCCAUCGUCCACUCGUCCAUUCUUGAGGAUGUGGUGUCCAUGAAGCCCCACCAGCACCACCACCACCCCCAGCAGGAGCCCCACGACGCCCGCCGCCUCAGGGACGCCCUCCACCUUGCCUCACCCACUAAAUUCAACAGAUGGCGGCUCCCCCACGCCCCCUACCCACCGCCGCCAUCACCGCCACGCUCGCCAGCCCUCCGCCGCACCACCUCGCAGCCCUGCCUCCUCCACAGCCCAGGAGGCGCCCCAGGGAGCCCUCGCCAAUAUGGCAGCCCACGUCUCCUCUCCUGCAGGGAACACCGCCUUAGGUUCCUCAUCUAGGCACCUGACCCUGACCUCCCGUGACCUUACUUGACCUCCCUAAUGCCUUGAGUGUCCUGGGUUGUUGUGAGGUGUGGCCGUUAGUUUUUAUUAUUAUUAUUAUUUAUUUUUUUUUUUUCUAUUGUGGUUUCUCUCCGUAUGUCUAAUGGCGUCCUGGGUUAAGGGGGUAAGGCUUUCUAUGUUCCUGCCUAAUGGAUGAUACUUGUAACUUAUUCCUUAUUGCGUAGAGAAAAGGUGGAUGUGUGUGUGUGUGUGUGUGUGUGUCCUGCUCCUUCCUACCCUCCCUCCCGUCCCACGUAUCCCUCUCCCUCCCUCCCUCACUUUCACUCCCUCUCUUCCUCCUGUCCUUGUGUUACUUAAUCCACUGUACCUCAUGAUUUAUAUACUAGUGUACCAUUUUUUGAGGACUAGGUGGAUGUGAGUGCCCCCUUCCUCCAAAGUCCUUUUUUUCUUCUUCAUUUUUCUUUUCGGGGAUACUUUCUUCCUCCUUAAGUGUCUAUUUGAUGCACCUGUCUCACACACACACACGCACACGCACGCACGCACUGCCACAGCCGCCCACACAUGCACACUCACAUAUGCACACAUCAUAGCCCCUUGUCCCUGUUGUGAAUGUUUGAUGGUCGCAGGAAAACUCGGAGAAAAACAGCACACAAAAACGUACCUGAACACCUUUCAUUUAUACAGGCUGGAAAACAGGUUCUUCCCUAGUUAGUCCUUUGAGAGUGUGAGACAAUCCUUAGAAGAGCUAGUAUUGAGCAAGCCAGGCAGUUACAUGUAUGAGUCUGUCGAGGAAAUUCAGAAAGAUGUUAUGUAUUUGUAAAGAAGUUGAUAUAGGGUACAAAGCAAGUUUUUCUCCACCCCUUAAGAGAGUUAUUAAUGAAGAAGCCAGGCAGUCACAUAGGAGCGAGUCGAGGAUAUUCAGAAAGAUGUUAUGUGUUUGUAAAGAAGAGGUUGAUAUAGGGUACAAAGGAAGUCUUUCUCCACCCUUUAAGAGAGUUAGUAUUGAAGAAGCCAGGCAGUAAUAUAGAUGAGGAGGAAAUUCAGAAAGAUGUUAUAUGUACGCAGAGAAAAGAAUGGUAUAAGGUAUGAAGGAAGUCUUCAGCCUUUAAGAGUUCUAUUAUUGAGCAAGUCAGGCAGUAAUAUAUGAGUCUGUCUGGAGGAAAUUCAGAAAGAUGAUUGAUAUAGUAAGUCUUUCUAGCUUUUGUCUGGGCAUUAGACACCUGAAGAGAGGAACUGAGUGGUGCUGCAAUAGAACACUCGUCAGGCAGUAUAUUAUAAGUGUCCAAUAUUCUUGAGAAAGUCCAAAUAUUAAACCAUGAGAGUAUUACUUCUAAAGGCUACUCGGCAGGUUAUUCCUCAACUCCUAUGGAUGUGUUAGACUGUUCUGAAGGGAGGCAUUACAGGGCAUUAUAUAGACACUGCACCACCAUCCUCCUCCUUGUCUGUUUAACAUCAGGAUUUCCCAAUAUCUUAUGAGGUUAAACAGUAAAUGAUACACUGCCUGUCCUUUUAUAAAUAUGCCACAGUCUGAGAGAAGUACAGUAUCUCAUCACACUAUGUUAGAAUUCCUGGUUGUCUUAGUUAAGAAACACAGCAUAUAGCAA